AACGAUUGGUAUAAAUACACGAAGUACCAAAUACUAAUUAGUCGUACGAUAACCGUCAAGAACUCAAGAACCUCUCAACGAACGAAACAUGUUCGCUAAUAUAGCAACGAUCAUCGUGCUCACCGCAUUCGUCUCAACUUCCAAAGGGGAUGUUGUGUGGAACGGUUUGACUGCCAAAUGGUCGCAGAAUGUGACCGACGGUUUCUACGACAUACCGCAAAAUUUGACGGCAGCCAGAUGUCAGGGAUGGACAAAAGUCUCAGGCGUCAAUCUACCCACGGGAGAAAUUGGAAUGGGAUACUACGGGGACCCGAGAGUCGUUAUGAUUUACCUGACAUCUACGGGUGAAGUUAUUGGCUUUCAAGUUGGGGUCCCAACGAAGGACCUUGACAGUCAACACAUGCCGAUAAACUACCGGAAACAUACUGAAAUAAGGGUUAAGACCAUCAACGACGUUGAGUAUUACACGGCACUCGCGUACUUUCGUCAAAGCGCUUGCAAAGACUUCCGCAGCAUAUGGUUGAAGAAGAGAGACGGUACUUUGACCAAAAUUCCAACAAAAUCGGGACUCCUCGUCGAGCAGACGAAGUACGAGCGAAAAAAGUGCAUUACUUGGAUGGGUCUGCAUUACUACAAGAUUAACUCUGAAACCAACUGCGAUGACAUAACGCCGUUUUUUUUUCUGGCAAAUCAAACCAACAUCAUAGGCAUCGGUUUUCAGAUUAUUGGAACUGCUAGUUCAGGCCCAAAGCGAACCUGGUUCGAAAAAAUUCCGUUGCAAACCGAAGCGGUGACGAUUCCCGACGCGCCGAAGUGUAUUGCAGAAAACAUUAAAAAGUACGGUCUGAUCUCGUUUCAUCUCUGGUUCAUCAACAACCCACUCAGCCUCCAGUGUGAUACUAUUUGCCAAGACUAGACGAGCUCCGGAAUGACUCAUGACAUCGCAUCGUGCGAACUGUCGACGAGAAAAUCGGAGUUUUUCUCUAACAAAUUGUUGUUUAUUCCACUUGACGAUAAAUUCAUUUUCCAGAGAGUAAAAACAGCUCGAAAUGCUACUACAAACUACGUUGGUGAACGAGGCUUUUUAACGUGAUUGAAAGCAGACGAGAAAUGUACAAAUUCGGACAUAUAUAUUUACUGUUAAUGGAUUGGUUCUGAUAAAAACAUCCGGCUUGUUGUUCGGUUCACUUCACAUUUCUAUGUGUAGUCUACUCGUUUAUUUAUUCAUCUGUUUUUUUUUUUUU